UCGUCGCGUAACCUAAGGAAACUUGUCUACAAACCGGAGCUUGGAAGCCCAAAACAAAACAAAUCACCCACGCCCUUCUCCACAAGGCUUGAGGCUUGCAUGGAGUCACCCCUCACUCAACAACCUCGACCCGAGGCCUUUCAACAAAAGGUCGUGCGGCUGUACGAGACUCUAUUCAAGGAUGACGACGAGGAGGGGUUGGCCCAGACUGAGGGCUUCUGGCAAGAGUUCUUCCUCUUGAGGCCGGACAGGACGUCGCUGCGUAGGAUACUCGACGAGCUGGGUCCCGAGGAGCUGCUGGAACGUGAGGAUGAAACCAGGGAGCUCUUUGCGCGCGCCAUCGCCGCUAUGAAGAAGGGCUCCAAGGGUGUCGCAGACAUUCACGCGCUCGAGACUCUGUGCACCUUCUUUAUAGCGGUUGUCGCCAAAAAGUACACGAACCCCACGUCCGACAUUAUAGAUAUUCUCGCGGGGCUCGACCAGGCAGACCAGGUGUUUUCUGAUUUUGUUGGCGCCCUGGAGGGGUUGAUUCGCGCCGGGAAAGACAUGGAGACCAGGGGUGCUGCUAUUGAUUUGGCUUUGGCCGUCACAUCUGGCGCAUAUCAAACCAGUCUCUUGACCUAUUUUAUUCAAAGGGAUCUUUUCCCAGCUGUGAUGAAGUACAUCCACGACAUAGAGAAACCUGCUGACGUCGUUGGCCCUUUCUCUCUUGUGGGCCUUUUGGCCAAUUACAACAAGUUUGAGUUCCAGAACCCAUAUCAGCUAAGGCUUAACGAUUUCGUUAAUGAAGCAACGAUCCAAAAGAUCCUGCGAGGGGUAGGAAAUGGCUGCCAGCUGCUGCGGGAUCAGUACACAGAUAUACAAGAAGAUCACCCGGAAGGAUGGUCGCUGUCAUACGCAUUUAGCAUGAUAGGACUGGGAGCGAUAACCCCAGGGGGUAAACCCCCACCAAAACCGACGUAUGACGCCGAAACUGCAAAGAAGAUGUUUGCUGCAUUACCAGGCGAACGAGCAGCUAUGUUGCUUGCCACUUAUGACUUUGCUCACGCCAACAAACUCUUCUGCUUUAAUUUGGUCACACUUCCGGCAGAGACUAAAGGCGAGGAGACGCCCUUUGCGAGCUUCACUUCCCUUACAUCAUACCUCCUACAGCAUGCACACAUGACAGAACGCGCAACCGUAUACAGCCACCUGAAUCUGAUGGUUUUCCGCCUGCUGAUUGAGGAUCCAACCCUUUGCAAACGUAUAUGCAGCGAGGACAAGGAUGCUCAGAUCAGUGUGCGACUAUGCCGACAGCGACAACCGCACCUGCCUCUAGUACGAGGCGAGAGAUCGGCCGCAGCUGCGGUCAUGGACACCAUGGUCGACGGCAUCAACCACAACCUUAGGCGCCGGCUUGAUUCGGCUCUAUACGCGCUGCUGCUUGGGAUUUUGCUCCGGGUUAUAAGCCACAUGUCUCGGACGAGGACGCGCCUGCAGUAUCACUGGUCGGAGCUUUUCAGGUCGCUUCUCUCCCUGGUGCGCUUCCUGACAACAUACGCGGCCGACCUCAAGGGGCUAACGCAUGUCGAAACGAUAUUGGAUCACGUGGUAAACUUGCUCGCCCUCGGCCUGAGCAGUGGAGAGGCAUUCCUCCCAAGCCCGGCUGCGUACGAUGAUCUCUUCUACAAGAUUGUCGAGUCUGGCGACAUGCUGGUCAAAUUCAGGGACACUUAUGGCCUGGCGAAGCGCUCUGGCAACAGUAUCGGCACGCUCGUUGAUGUUGGAGAGCAUUACAAGAGACUGCUCGCGGAAAACGGAGGGGGCAGUGGACCGAACAACCGAGUUACGAGCAUGCAGGUCACAGAGGUGAUCAAACAAGGUUACGAGUCGUUGAGCAUCCAGGCCAAGGAAGGUCUGGAUAGCUGGGAGAGGUAUAGAGAGGCGGACGAGAGGAGGUUGCUGAAAAAGGUGGCCAGGACGGUUGUGGCUGAUGUGAGUGCAAAGGUUGGAUAAAGGAGUAGGCGUGCGUCAGUCAGUGUGUGCAUCCCAUGCAUGGCAUUUACUCUAUAUAGUUGCUCGUUUAUCUGCUUCAAG